UCCUGAGUGAGACCCGAGCGGGUGUGAUUACUAUGAUUGCAUGCACCCCCUCGUUCACCAUUUCUUCUCUCCCUCCAUCCAUAUAUAAUUUUUCAUACUGCCUCUCGUCUCCCACUUUGCCGUUCCAUAAGACCCUGAAGAAGACUCCUUUCUCUCUUCACACCAACAAGAAGGGGUUAAUUAUUUGUGUGAGGAAAUGGCUGAUAGGCGCCAGCAACCGUCGGUCAUGCAAAAGAUGGCCAGCCAGGUCCAUCUCAGUUCUAGCUUUCCCCAAGGUUUUCAGAGACCUGCUUUACACCGAAGGCAGUUUGCAUAUGGAAACUAUUCCAAUGCGGGAUUCCAGUAUGCCAUGACAAGGCCAUGCCAGUCUAGCCCUGACAUGUCAUUGGUUGCAUCAUCUACUGCACCGGUAUUUGUCCAAGCCCCGUCUGAGAAAGGCUUGGCUGGCUUUGCUGUUGAUUUUCUUAUGGGCGGUGUUUCUGCUGCCGUGUCAAAAACUGCUGCAGCUCCCAUUGAGCGUGUGAAGCUCUUGAUCCAAAACCAGGAUGAGAUGAUCAAGGCUGGUCGACUCUCUGAACCAUACAAGGGAAUUGGAGAAUGUUUCAGCCGAACAAUAAAAGAUGAGGGGACGAUGUCUUUGUGGAGAGGGAACACUGCUAAUGUCAUCCGUUACUUCCCCACUCAGGCCCUGAAUUUUGCAUUCAAAGAUUACUUUAAGAGGCUUUUCAACUUCAAGAAGGACCGUGAUGGCUAUUGGAAGUGGUUCGCUGGAAACUUGGCAUCUGGUGGUGCUGCUGGUGCCUCGUCACUACUCUUUGUUUAUUCUUUGGAUUAUGCCCGAACACGUCUUGCAAAUGAUGCCAAGGCUGGAAAAAAGGGAGGGGAGAGGCAAUUCAAUGGUUUGGUUGAUGUCUACAGGAAGACACUAAAAUCAGAUGGCAUUGCUGGGAUUUAUCGUGGAUUUAACAUUUCAUGUGUUGGUAUUAUUGUUUACCGAGGUCUGUAUUUUGGAUUGUAUGAUUCUUUGAAGCCAGUCGUCCUGACUGGAAAGCUGCAGGAUAGUUUCUUUGCUAGCUUUGCUCUUGGCUGGGUCAUCACCAAUGGUGCUAGUCUUGCAUCCUAUCCAAUUGACACUGUCCGCAGAAGAAUGAUGAUGACAUCUGGUGAAGCUGUCAAGUACAAGAGCUCCCUCGAUGCAUUCUCCCAGAUCCUUAAGAACGAGGGUGCUAAAUCCCUCUUCAAGGGUGCUGGUGCAAACAUCCUCCGUGCUGUUGCUGGUGCUGGUGUGCUUGCCGGAUAUGACAAGCUUCAGGUGAUUGUCUUGGGAAAGAAGUACGGUUCCGGUGGGGCCUAAUUAAGUCUCAUUCUUCUUCACCCCAUACAAUCAUCAUAGAUGGUGACGAAAUUCUUGGAGUUCCAUUCCAGAAUUUAUUCUGGAUAAUUCUUUAGACUCAUUUGGAUUAACUUUUUUCAGUUUCAGGAUUUCCAUUUCUGUAGUCCUGUCUUUUAGGAAUUGUUGCGAUUGCACUACAUUGAUUUUGAAGACAUCAAAACUAUAAAUUAUCCUUCUCGUUUUAUCA